AUGAAGAGCCUGAUCGUUUUCUCCGCCAUGUUAGCCGCAGCGUUCGCGCGGCCAAGCGUUCUGCUGGCGCCACAGGUGGCAGCACUGGCGGCCCCUCUGACCCUCGCGAAGUUAGUGCCUGGAGCGCCCAUAGGGUUGGACGGUCGUGUGGUGGAUACUCCAGAAGUGGCUCUGGCCAAAGCGGAACAUGCUGCUGCACACAUCAACGAAAGAAUCUCGUUAGCGAACGAGGCCGUCAAAUCAGCCGAUCAGGUGAUCACGUUGACGAGCCCAGUGCUCGCCGGUGGCAUCGAACCAAUAGCUCUUGCAGCUAAACUCGUGCCUUCAGCUCCCCUUGGACCCGACGGACGCGUCGUAGACACGCCAGAAGUUGCAUUGGCCAAGGCUGAACACGCUGCCGCUCACAUCAACGAGAAACUCGAACAAGCCGCGAAAUCUGCCUCUUUGGAGCUUCCUGUCGUUCUGUCGACGUACUCUGGACCAGUGAUUCAGAAGGUUUUACUGUGA